AUGGCAAGAAUUCGGAUGUUUGAUGUGAUUGCAUUCUCUUUGGUGGGUUUUGUUGGUAUCUACACCGGAACUCAGUUCUUUGAGCCCAUAGUCAUUGAUAGACUAAGGAAAGAUGGGCAUUUGAGAUCUGAUGUGGAGAUUCCCCAAUAUGACGAUGAAGGGAAUCCGUUAUCACCUAAGUCAAUGUUGGAACUAAGGCAAGAACUGGACAAGGUCCAAGAGCAUCAAAAAGUAGAGCAGGGAAGCAAAUCGGAGCAAGGAUGA